CCAUCCCUCCCUUGUGGCGUACCUCAUCUCCCAUUGCCCUCUGCUGAGCCUCAGUUCCGCAACCCUUGCUCGCAUGCAUUCUCCUCCACUUGCCGCAUGCAGUUUCUAAGACAACGACAACCGCCCUCCGCCGUAAAAUCCAUGAGGUCAUUGUGAAUCGGAGAGCGAGAGCCAGGCUUUGUGUAUUAUAAAUAGCUGCCAUAUCUUGGCUUUGUUCCAGCACAUUUGGCAGUGUUCAUAGGCCAAGCACAAAUGGAAGUGAGCAAGAUGCUCCUAUUGCUUGUCCUCGUUUGGUCUGGCUUCGGUUGUACUUCUGUUCAUGGAAGAUUCCAUUACGGCAUUGCUCGGCCUCCAAUGGCAGAACCUCCAUCUCAAGCUGUAGUUCCUGCAAAUUCCAUUAGUCUUCCUCCUGCUCUUGCUCCUCAGCCCGUCCACCCAAGCUAUAGUGGGAACUCUGCGAACUCCACUAGUACAGGUUAUAGUGGGAAUUCGACAAACACCACUAGUGCAUACCCUCCUUCUGAGCCUAUUGGUGCAGGCUAUAGUGGGAAUUCUACGAACUCGACUAGUACGAGCACUCCCGUUUCCUCUCCACCUCCCCUUCCUGCGCCUGUCGACGCAGGGACGGCGACCCGCAAUUCCUCGAACGCCACUGCGGUGCUCGACGUGCGAGCCUUCGGAGCAGUAGGCGAUGGAGUCGCCGAUGACACCGAAGCAUUCAAGACCGCGUGGGAUAUUGCCUGCCAAGACGGGCCGGGAACCAUCCUUGUCCCGCAGGGCUACGCUUUCAAGAUCCUGUCGACCAUCUUCGCAGGUCCUUGCCACAGUGAGCUCACGUUUCAGGUUGAUGGAACAAUCAUGCCCCCCGACGGCCCAGACGAGUGGCCUCGGAACAACAACCGGCGGCAGUGGCUCGUGUUCUACAGAGCCAACGGGUUGAAGCUGCAAGGAAGAGGAGUCAUCGACGGGAGAGGAGAGAAGUGGUGGAACCUCCCCUGCAAACCUCACAAGGGGCCAAAUGGCACGACAUUGUCGGGGCCAUGCGACAGCCCUGUGGCUUUGAGGUUCUUCAUGAGCUCAAACCUCAUAGUACACGGGAUCAGAGUCCAGAACAGUCCCCAGUUCCACUUCCGGUUCGACAACUGCCGGAACGUCACCGUCGACGCAAUCUCGAUCAGCUCACCCGCGCUUAGCCCCAACACUGAUGGCAUCCACGUCGAGAACACCGAGAUGGUUGGAAUCUACAACUCAGUCAUCUCCAGCGGAGAUGAUUGCAUAUCCAUCGGAGCUGGUAGCAUCAACAUAGACAUAAGAAACGUGACCUGUGGGCCAAGCCAUGGAAUCAGCAUUGGGAGCCUGGGCACGAAGAACACUCGAGCUUGCGUGACGAACAUAACAGUAAAGAAUUCAGUGAUUAGGCAUUCGGAUAACGGGGUCAGGAUCAAGACAUGGCAAGGUGGGUCAGGAUCAGUAUCAUCUGUCUCCUUCGACAACAUCCGCAUGGACGCCGUGAAGAACCCCAUCAUCAUCGACCAGUACUACUGCCUCUCCAAGUCGUGCAAGAACCAGACGUCGGCAGUCUACGUAUCGGACGUAUCAUACACCGGCAUCAAGGGCACAUACGACGUCAGGAGUCCGCCCAUCCAUUUCGGGUGCAGUGACUCCGUCCCCUGCACCAACAUCACCCUGUCGGAGGUGGUGCUCCUUCCAGCUCAAGCAUACUUCAUCUCCAAUCCAUUCUGUUGGAACGUUUACGGCGUGAUGGCGACGCAGACGAUCCCUCCUGUAUCGUGCUUGCUGGAGGGAUUUCCUUCUUCGAUCAUGGCCAUUGGCUCAGAUAGGUGCUACUGAUGUAGUUACAUUACAGUGUUGCAUAGCAAGCACACGGUGGUGUAGAAAUGUACACCAAAGUAAAAGGACUUCAUCUUAUACUCAAUGUAAUAGUUGUCUGAGAUGAGCAUCUGUACUAUACUGAUGUUGGAAGCAA